AAACAACGUCUCACCUAAUCGUAAAACUGGUAGACUGGUAGAAGGGUUGAACUCCCAUUACACAUCUCAUCUGUGGAUCCCACAGCAGGAAGCCCAUUUAGAGUUCAUAGAUAAUGGAGAUGGUUCUGCUUGUUACUUCCAGCUUAAAAUAAAACACGUGGUAUCACGGCCAUUACUAUGUGAGCUCCUGAUUCUCCGAUACCAAAAAAUUAGAGAGAAAAAAUUCUGGAGUGUUCAUCAAACACAAGGUAAGCCUUUAAGCCUGAUAAAUUUGUAAUUUUUUUUAAAAUUCAAAUUUGGUUUUCCCGGAAUGAAAUCCAUUCCAUUCAAAUGAUCAAUGGAAAUUCUCCUCCUCAUUUGGGGGCUUUCAGUAUUCCGAAUUUAAAGUUAAAAUCGCAUGCCUCUGAAAAUCUUGAAAUUUUUUCUCCACCGCCAUCGUCCCAUUACUCCUCUUGUGGGGAAAAAUUAUAUCAUUGCGAUGAUUCAGAUUGUGAUAAUAAUAAAGGCAUGGCAAUUGGGUAUGUAACUGCAAAUUCGUUCGAGACGCCCACAAUCUGUGGCUCGUUUGGAAGCUGCAAUGAUUAUUUCCUCGACUCAGAAGUCGGGUCCUAUAGAAAUAUGAGCUUCCAAGAUAUCCGAAAUUUGGAGCAGUUUGAUUCCCCUGGGUACGAGACCGAAGGUUCACCGUUGAGAUCAUCAAGAUUGAGGAAAAAAAAUAGUAAAAAUUUGCACAGGAAGAAGAAUUUCUUUUUACCAUCAGAAAAUGGUAUUGGGGUAUGGGUUGAUAAGAACAAUAAUAAUAACACUAGGGUUUGGUCUGAUCCUAACGAAGACGGUGCUUUGAGUACAACAGAGGGUGAAAUACAUGUGCCAGACGAUAGGGGUGAGAGCAGAAUAGAUGGAUGCAAGGACUUGAACACUGCAUUGGAACUGGACGGUUAUCGGGCAAAUAGGGGUAAUUUAAGCUUGACAUGCCAAUCACAGACUUCAGAAUUGAAUUCAAUCAAGAACGACGUGCCUGACAAUUUUGAAUUUAGAACAAUUGAGUGUGUUGAGCCUCGCCAGCUGACUUCAAAUUCUUUUGAUUGCAGUUUUGGGGAAGAUUGUAGAAUUGCUGAUUUGGAUAGAAAGGAUGUGGGUGAAGGGCAAUUGAAUCUCAGGGCAGGUGAUUCGGAAGUAAAUGGGGCAAUCGCUGGUGAAGGGUGUUCUUUUACAAGAGAAUUUGUGUCCGAUCAUGAAGGAGAACGUAAUGAUGCGUGCGAACUGAGUAGGUUGGAUGAUAUAAAUCAUUUGUCGAUGUCCAAAAGGUCUUCAGAUUUUGAUAGCCAGAGUGAGUUUGAUUCAAAAAUGGGAGACGCAACAGAUGAUGAAGAUGACACCUUUAAACCCUCACAGAGGGACAGCUCCUUGAAUCCUCGGGUUGAUGUGAAAGAAACGGGCAGUGAUAACCCAUUGCUCUUGAAUUCAGAGGUAGUUUUUGGUGCUAGUGAUUGGGAUGAGUUUGCUGAGGAGGUAAGAGGAAAUGACACGGGCGUUUCCAAUCAGGAGGUGGAUGUCCGGGAGGUCUGUUGUCACGUAGUGUCUAGAAGCACUCACUCCAAGGCAGUAGAUGUUAUGGAGGAUAUCCGUGGUGCUUCCAAUUUGAAGGUAGAAGAUUUUUGUAGUUCAUUUACAGGGGUUGCUGGUAAACUUGUUUAUGAAGACAUGCUCACAACUCCUCUUCACCUGGGGGAUAUCUUUACUAGCAGUGGAAGUGGCAGGCCAGAUCUCGAAGAAGAUGAUAGACAGGAGAUGUCGAGAUCUUUUGAUUCCGUUCAGACAAUAAAUAGGUUCAGAGAUCCUGAAAAUCUGAUUACAAAAACAAACAAUCAUGUAUGCGGAGACAGUGGACUGUCCAGCGAGUUGCCAAAUUCUCUAGUGGACAUUUGUUUGGCUGAAGAGGAAGAAGAAAGGUUGCAAUCAGGGAAGUCUCAUAUUGAAGCUUCUAACCUGGAAGCAGACGUUGAAGUAUCUUCUUUGAAGGCAUCCUUUAUAAAGCUUGAAGAUACUAAUCAUGAAAAGGAACUUCAAUGCCUACCUAAUAAAGAGGAAAUACAGGAAGAGAAGAAUCAUUCAAUAUUCUGUGCACCGUCAGUUAGGAAAGCAUCUGGUGAAAAAGGCAUGUCCUUUCUCUCUUCAUCCGAUACCAAUACAAUAUGUUUGCCUGUGGCAGCAACAGAAAAAAUGUUGGAGAAAGUUCCAAGAAUUGAAGUAAAUGGUGAGAGUUUUAUACCAAUGGCAUCUAGAUCAAGCAAUAUCCGUCUCUGCAAUAUGAAUCUUGGUAUAGAGUCGAUAGAUGCUGGAGACUGGGGAAAACAAGACCUUGGACCAGAUGAGCUUUCAAGAUAUGUAGAGGAGCUGGAUGUGAAUGAAUCUUAUAUUGACACUGUUCAUGACAUGGAGGAUGUGCUACUUGAUUCAGUUGGAAGUGUUGGAGGUAUGGUUGUUCAUACUAAUAGAAGCCAAUUAAAACAAUCUUCCAGGGGUUAUAAGAAUGAAGGUUUAGGUACAUCUACAUCAGAUGCUGAUAGUGCUUCAGAACACAUGCAGUCUACCUUAAAACUUGAUUGGAUUGAAGUUGUUGGGGCAAAGCAAAGAACAGGAGGAGUCUCAUUUGGAGAAAGGUUGGUUGGUGUAAAGGAAUAUACCAUAUAUCGAAUAAGAGUUCAUAGUGGAAGAAAUCAAUGGGAGAUUGAGAGAAGAUACCGUGAUUUCCUUGGCCUUUAUCGUCAGCUGAAAAAGACAUGUGGUGGUCAAAGCAGAGUGAAUCUUCCUUCUCCAUGGGAACUUGUUGAAAGAGAGUCCCGUAAGGUUUUUGGAAAUGCUUCUCCUGAUGUCAUCAGUGAAAGAAGUGUUCUUAUUCAAGAAUGCCUACAGUCUCUUCUCUCUGCAGGAAGUCCGUUUGAUUCAGCACCACCAUUGUUUUGGUUUUUGCUACCACAGAAGAGCCUUUUUGAUACAACUGCUGCUUUGAAAGGUACUGCAUCUGAUGAUAUUAAGAUAACACUGAAUGAAAAAGAGUCCAGUUGUAGUUCUCUCCAUGACUUGUCACUUAGUUCACAUUCUGAGCUCAGUACCAGUGAUUACAGAGAUGGCAAUAGUGAGAAAUUUUCCACGUUUGGGAAGACCAUACGGCUUAUUGUUCAAACCCAUCCACAUAAAUCUUUGAAGCAAUUGUUGGAAGAACAACAUUACUCAUGUGCAGGUUGUUACAAGCACCUGGAUAUAGCAAAAGGUUUGAUGGAAGAAUUUGUGCAAACUUUGGGCUGGGGAAAACCACGUCUUUGUGAGUAUACUGGACAAUUACUUUGCACUUCAUGCCAUUUAAAUGAAACUUCAGUACUGCCAGCUCAAGUUCUGCAACACUGGGACUUCACUCCACGUCCUGUUUGUCAGUUAUCAAAAGCAUAUCUGGAUUCCAUUUAUGACCAGCCCAUGCUUUGUGUUAGUGCAGUUAAUCCCUUUAUAUUUUCAAAGCUACCUUUACUGGUUCAUGUUAUGGAGAUGCGAAAGAAACUGAGUAGAAUGCUUGCAUGUAUGCGGUGCCCAUCUCAAACGACAAUACAGCACAGUCUUCGGUCACGUUGUUAUCUUCUCGAGAAUAGUGAUUUUUUUGCUUUGCGAGAUCUUGUUGAUCUUUCAAAAGGAGCUUUUGCUGCACUUCCAUGUCUGAUGGAAGCCCUGUCGAAAAAGAUUUAUGUUCAUAUUACACAUAAGUGUUCCAUCUGCCAUGAAGCAGGAGAUUUGUGUGGUGCCCAGUUAAAGUGUGAAAAGCCGUCAAGUCUUAUCUUUCCCUUUCAGGAAGGUGAAACAAUGCGAUGCAAGUCCUGUGGCCUUUUAUUCCACGAGUCAUGCUUUAGAAAGCUCAAUGGUUGUCAAUGCACUUUUAUGAACAAUGUCAACAAUACAAAUGGAAAAUCUCCUUUAUGGGAAGAGUUGGAUAUGGAAUCUUCUCUUCAAAGUGAUUUAAGCAGCAAUCCAAAAACUUCUUCCAAUCUUUGUACAAAUAAGCAAGGAUCAACCUCAACCAACGGGUUUCUUAUUGAUCUUUUUAAGAAGGCAAUCCCAGAUAAUAUCUUGAAACCAAGGAAAAAGACCGGUGUUCUUAAUAUGGCAUCACUGUCAAGCUCUCUUGGGCUGUAAUACAGAACUGUUUUAAAUGUUGCAGCCUGUUAUUGUUUGUACUUAAUCAGUGCACUUUAUGCAGUUGAUUAAGCAAUUAAACUUCUUGAACCUUCAAGGUUCUUCUGUAACAUAUCAAAAUCACAUUCAAGGUUAAUACUUGCAAUUGGCAAGUAUCUGAGUCUUAUUGUUAGGUUUUUGGCCUGCGAUGUAUCCAUCGAAGAACAACUUAUUGUUGAUAAGUUUAUUUUUUGGAAUUGUUCAUAUAUGCGUUGCUUAUGUUAAUGAAAUAAAAUUUGAGAGCAAUGCCUUGAGAGACA